GAGCUUUGCACUAAUAAACCUCCACGCUAAUUGCCCUGCUUCAUAUACAGAUCAACCGUCGACCCCCAAUCCAGUUGGAACCUUCGAGAACUACGUCGUAUGUGGCACAGCAGCGAAUUUCUUACCGAGUGGUCAAAUUAACUUACUAAAAAUUGAAAUAAGUUUGUCACAAAUUGUGCGAGAAACUUGGGACUGGGAAGAAAGUGAAAAUUUGUAGGUAACCCACGUAGGCACCUCUACAUUCCGAUCCGUUUUCUUCGCGUUUUUCACCACUAACAGCCCAACAAAUUGGAAUGGAUACAAUCCAGGACGACAAAUUCCUUGAAACUAUAACAACCUACGACUUGUUUCUUGGGGAAGGUGGAUUUGGGAUUGUCCUUCGAGCAAUUGACGACGAGAAAAAACAGACGGCGGUCAAGUUCCUCUUCCCAGAUGCAGCCACCGAUAAAGAACAGAAUCAGAUUGAUAGAGAAUGCUAUAUAACCAAAAAUUUGCAAAAGCAUUCAAACAUUGUUCAGGUUCUUAAUGUUGAAAGAAAAAGCUUUACACCGAAGGAUUUGGAAGGCAUGUUUCCCAUGGACAUUAGUAUACCUGAAAAGUUGAAGGCCCUGCUUUACGAUAAGAAUCGGGUCCUGGACUCCGUUUGUAUUCAGAUGAAACUUUGCGGGGAAAACUUAAGGUCUUGGCUGAGAGUGAAGGAAGCCGAAAAUGUCCUUACAUUUGAAAGAGUUUGGGGUCAAUUAAACAUUAUAAAAAACCUCAUCGCUGGAUUGAAAUUCCUACACCAAAAUCAAAUUAUGCAUCGGGACCUCAAGCCGGAGAAUGUCAUGUUUUCCAAGGUCAAUUAUACGCUCCCCGUAAAAAUAGGUGAUUUUGGGUUAUCCCGAGUACUGCCACCGGAAGGAACCCAGACAGGAUCGUUAACGUCGCUCGUGGGAACAAGGAGCUACAUGGCGCCCGAAAUUCGCAAUGGGGGAAAAGACUACACAUUCCAAGCGGAUUUAUUCUCUCUGGGUUUGAUAAUUUGGGAGGUACUGGAGUUUGUUAAGCACAGUUAUUUUGACAGAUUGGUGAAUGACCAAGAAGAAAGUUUAUUAGACAAACACGCUAUAAUGGGCAACAGUUUUCGUGGUAUCAUAAUUGAGUUGACAAAGAGGAGAAAGGAAGCUAGGGCUAAAGAUUUCGUAGGAUUGGACAAAUUAUCAAAGGCGGUAGAAGAAGUUUUAACGCGCCCCGUUCUUUCUGCGAAAAACGGUCAUCACUUUAGGAUAGGGUUAGAGUCGGCUAAGCAAGGGACAAUAAUACGAUUGGAAAAUGGCGAGUAUAUAGGACCGUUUUAUAUCAAAUCAGACAAUGUCAGAAUAUUUGGAAAUGGUCAGGGUACCGUAAUUAAAUGUAACGUUACAGGUGGAAUUUGCAUAGAUGUAUCAGGAAACAAUUGUAUGGUUUCUAAUAUCUUCAUCAAGCUGAACGGCGAGAACAUUUGCCAAGGAAUUUUGCUGUCGGGAACUAAUAAUUCAGUAAGCAACGUGCAUAUUGAUCAACUGCAUAGCCAAAAUACCUUGGAAUAUAGUAAGUGGUUUCCAAUUGCCCGAGGUGUUACUACUUUGACAGAAAGAUCACAAAAAGGAGGGAAUGGAAUUUCCAUUAAGGAGGGAUCUGAUUUUAAUAAACUUAGUAGCAUACUCUGUAAAAAUAAUUCCUGUGGUAUACUAAUUUGUGGCUCAUAUAACAGGAUUUCUAGGGUAGAAUUAAUUAAAGAUGUGACCAACCUGAAGAUGACGGGAAUAUAUUUUUCUGCAAACGCGACUGAAAACUGCAUCAAAAAUUGCUCCGCUUCGGGGUAUUCUACAAGCUGCAGGGAUUGGGGCGUCGAAUUUGAUGGAUACGGUAGGAAUUGCAGUGUAACUGACAGUCAAUGCGGUCCCAUUUACUUGCGUUGGAGCACAGAUACAAGGCUACGUAACGUAGAUUGUGGGGAACUCAUCAGGAUCGAUGGUAAAAACCAUGGGACGAAGUUGGAAAAGUGCCGAGGUCAACUUCUAAUAUCUAGGAGGAAAAACAUUUCUAUUGAGACGUGCAAUUUUACCAAUCAUGAACUCCCCGCCACACGUGCACGACGUGUUAAAAAACUACCAAGUAACAUUGAGAUGAACGAUGCUGGAAUUGAACCAAAAAAUAAAGAAAUAGAAGUUAUACCCGCUAUUACUCCUUUAUGUGUUCAUAAUAGUGAAGAGCUGAGAGCUAGUUUAGAGUCAGCCACUGUACGCUUAGAGAUUAGAUUAGAAGUCGGCGAGUAUACGGGGUCAUUUCAUGUUAAAUCUGACAAUGUCAGUAUUUUUGGAAAAGAUGGUGGGACUGUGUUUAAAUGUGAGAGUGGUGAAACUUGCAUUGAUGUAUCAGGGAGUUAUUGCCAAAUUUCUAAUAUUUGCAUAUUGUUAAGUCAACGAACAUCCGAUGGAAUUAAGAUUUCUGGGAAUAACGGUGUAAUAAAAUACGUGAAAAUUUACUGUUUGGAAGCAACCAAAUAUAACAGGCAAGAGGGGAUUAGUAUUACUGGAAGCAACAUUAGCGUUGAAGAAGUAACAAUGGAAAAUAUGUAUAGAGGGAUUCACAUUAAAUCUGCGUCUAAGAAUAAUACGAUUUCUGCCAUAGGUUUCAAAAACAAUCAAUGUGGAAUAGUAAUAAGCGGUUCAAAUAACUCGAUUUCUAAUCUAAAGUUUGUUAAGGAACAAUUUUUAUUUGAUGAUUCAAAUAAAUACUUUACUGGGAUAUACUUUGACCGGGGCAGUGUUCAUAAUGUACUCACAAAUUGUAUCACAGAGGGAUAUACCCAUCGUAACUCCGACAAGGGAGUCGAUAUCUGGGCAACUAAAAAUUGCAAUAUAAGUGAAAGUCAGUGUGGACCUAUUUACCUCGGGUGGGCUAGCGACAUAACUCUUAAUAACGUAGAUUGUAAAGAACUUAUUGACAUCUUUAAAGCAUCCGUUAGGGUGAAUUUGGUAAACUGUCGAGGGCAAAGUUUAGUCUCUCACACACCACGCCUUAUUAUCGAUACCUGCGACUUCAUCAAUCAGUUUGUUGCACCGCCAAAGAAAAGGCGCACAGUCAACCGAGCUAAUAAGAGGGCAAUAACGGAUGGGUCGGUGGAUGGCAAAAAGAAACGAGGAGAAAAGGAAUGAAUCACGAUUUCCUAAUUAGUUUCUGUAAUUUUGUACCUUAAUAGAUUCAGCGGAAGAAAUAUUUAUUAAUUAUUAAGACGCAGUUAGCUGGGAUUUCAUUCUUCUAAAUGAAAAUCGGUUAAUGUUAAACAAAAUGAUUAAAUCGCUUCAAAAUUUUAUAUCUAGUUUCCAUACUGCAAAUUACCAAUGCAUAAUAAUACAAAUAAAUUUGGUUUAGUUACGUGAAAACAUCAAGUUUAUGUAACUCAUUUAGUGAGUAUAAUUGUUAGCAAGGAUUUUAUUUCUUUAUAAUUGUCUAGAAAAUUUAUUUUAAUUUAAUAAGGUUAUUUGAACUAAAAUAAAGAUCAACCAAUGAAUUCAAA